AUGGAUUACCUCAUCACCAAAGCCGAGGCGGAAUUUCAGUCUAUCAGAUCGACGCAGUCAAGGUCACUUACGGAGGCUGCUGCCGAGUAUCGCCGAAGAUAUCGUAUACCGCCUCCGCCGAAUUUCGACAAGUGGUACGAAUUCGCUAAAAACAAGGAUGUCCAGCUCAUCGACGAAUACGACAAUAUCCACGAGUUUCUGUUACCAUUCUGGUCACUGGAUCCGUCUACAAUAAGGGCCAGAGCUCGAGAAGCGCUUGGUUUUGACAAUUCUUUGAUCGCUUUGCUCAUUCGGGGCGGUCAAGCUAUCAAGAUUGAGGGGGGGCCAGAAUGGCAGCAACAAGCGACGCUUGGAAUGAUUCAAGAUUUUGUCCAAUAUCUACCGGAUAUGGACCUUGCAUUCAACAUACAUGAUGAACCUCGUGUGGUUGUCCCGCACGAAGAUCUCAAUAGAAUGGUCGCUUUCGCCAAGGACAAGGUCUUGCCAAUGGCGUUUGCCAACGAAGCCCCGAGGAAUUCCUUCUCACCACGGCCAAGAGACAUGAACAACGGGAAGCGGAUCGAAGAGGUCAAGAUAACUAGAUUCAACAAAUUUGCUCAUCAGCCUACGUGGACACAUUCGAGGCUUUCGUGUCCUCCGGAGAGCCCCGCAAGGGCGUUGGGCGAACAUCCCGUGGACAAUGCUACUUCCUAUGCUCUUGGCGAGUUGGGAUUCGUAUUCAACCAAACCGCUUUCUGCGACAUAUGCACAUCACCUUCGUUCCGAGAAAUGUAUGGCUUCUUCGAUCGUCCGAAUGCGUUUAAUGUGAUACACGACCUAUUUCCGAUAUUCUCCCAGAGCAAAAUCAGCAGCUUCCAGGAUAUCCUUUACCCAAGCCCCUGGUACUGGUUUGGGAAGGUUGCCUAUGAAGAGGACAAAGACUUUGAUUGGAAUGAGAAGAAGAAUCAACUCUACUGGAGAGGCUCGACCACAGGUGGCUUCAGUCGCGACGGCGGUUGGCGUCGACAACACCGUCAACACUUGGUUAAGCGCAUCAACGCCAUCGACGAGGCUAAAUCAAUUGAAAAUGUAGGCGGGAAAUCCUUUCCAGAUUGGCGUGUAAAGGAAAUAAAAAGGGAAGACUACAAGGAUCUUUUCAAUGUGAAAUUUUCUCACGUUGGGCAAUGUGAUCCAGGAGACUGCGACGCCCAGAAAGAAUUCUUCGAAUUAGUCCCACCUGAAGGACAGCAGGAGGCCUGGGCUUCGAAAUAUCUCCUCGAUAUUGAUGGCAAUGCCUUCAGUGGCCGUUUCUAUGCCUUCUUGAUGAGCAGAAGUCUCGUUUAUAAGCUAGCUGUCUUCAAAGAAUGGCACGAGCAAUGGAUCAAACCUUGGGUACACUACAUUCCCUUAGGCUUGAUUGGCGACGAGUGGCUCGAAAGCGUUCGCUACUUUGCUCAAGAGCCAUCGGGACAAACCCAAGCAGAAAGGCUAGCCAUGCAGGGAAGGGACUGGGCGAGCAAAACCUUACGGAACGAAGACUUAGAGGCCUGGUUUUUUAGAUUACUUCUAGAAUACGGGAGACUAAUCGACGACGAUCGGCACCUUGUCGGAUACUCUACACCUUAA